AUGCGGGGUCUCCCGAGAGGGCGGGGGCUGAUGCGGGCCCGCGGGAGGGGGCGUGCGGCCCCUGCGGGCAGCCGAGGCCGGGGUCGGGGCGGCCCCCACCGAGGGCGAGGUAGGCCCCGGAGCCUGCUGUCUCUGCCCCGGGCCCAGGCGUCCUGGGCGCCCCAGCUCCCCGCCGCGCUCACCAGCGCUCCUGUCCCGUGUCUGCCCUCUCAGGGGGACACCCCUGCUGAGAUGGGGGCGCUGCUGCUGGAGAAGGAGCCCAGAGGAGCCCCGGAGCGAGUUCCUGGCUCUUUGGGGGACACCCCUGCCAGUGAGGAGACCUUGCCCAAGGCCAGCCCCGACUCCCUGGAGCCUGCCGGCCCCUCCUCCCCGGCCUCUGUCACUGUCACCGUGGGCGAUGAGGGGGCUGACACCCCCGUGGGGGCCACACCGACCAUUGGGGAUGAACCCGAGAAUCUGGAGGGCGAUGGGGGCCGAGUCCUGCUGGGCCACGCCACGAAGUCCUUCCCCUCCUCCCCCAGCAAGGGGGCUGCCUGCGCCAGCCGGGCCAAGAUGUCAAUGACAGGGGCCGGGAAGUCGCCCCCGUCCGUCCAGAGUCUGGCGAUGCGGCUGCUGAACCUGCCCGGUGCCCAGGGCCCGGCGGCCGCUGCCGCGGGGCCUGAACCCCCUCCACCCACCACCGUCAGUCCGGAGGGGCAGCCCAAGGUCCACCGUGCCCGGAAAACCAUGGCCAAGCCAGGAAAUGGGCAGCCUCCCAUCCCUGAGAAGCGGCCCCCAGAAGUACAGCACUUCCGGAUGAGUGACGAUGUCCACUCCCUUGGGAAGGUGACCUCAGAUGUGGCCAAGAGGAGGAAGCUGACCUCUGGAGGUGGCCUGUCAGAAGAGUUGGGUUCUUCCCGGGGUUCAGGAGACGUGAACCUGGACAAGGGGGAUCCCAGGUCCCUGGAGGAGUGGGAGACAGUGGUGGCAGAUGAUUUCAGUCUCUACUAUGACUCCUACUCUGUGGAUGAACGUGUGGACUCUGACAGCAAGUCUGAAGUUGAAGCCCUGACUGAACAACUGAGCGAAGAGGAGGAGGAGGAGGAGGAAGAAGAGGAGGAGGAGGAGGAGGAAGAGGAGGACGAGGACGAGGAGGAGGAAGAUGAGGAGUCGGGCAACCAGUCCGAUCGGAGUGGCUCCAGCGGCCGGCGCAAGGCCAAGAAGAAGUGGCGCAAAGACAGCCCGUGGGUGAAGCCGUCCCGGAAGCGGCGGAAGCGGGAGCCCGCACGGGCCAAGGAGCCGCGAGGAGUGAAUGGUGUGGGCUCCUCAGGCCCCAGUGAGUACAUGGAGGUCCCUCUGGGGUCCCUGGAGCUGCCCAGCGAAGGGACCCUGUCCCCCAACCACGCUGGGGUAUCCAACGAUACGUCCUCCCUGGAGACAGAGCGCGGCUUCGAAGAGCUGCCUCUCUGUAGCUGCCGCAUGGAAGCGCCCAAGAUCGACCGCAUCAGCGAGAGGGCGGGACACAAGUGCAUGGCCACCGAGAGCGUGGACGGCGAGCUGUCCGGCUGCAACGCGGCCAUCCUCAAGCGGGAGACCAUGAGGCCAUCCAGCCGCGUGGCGCUCAUGGUACUCUGCGAGACGCAUCGUGCCCGCAUGGUCAAGCACCACUGCUGCCCGGGCUGUGGCUACUUCUGCACGGCGGGCACCUUCCUGGAGUGUCACCCGGACUUCCGUGUAGCCCACCGCUUCCAUAGGGCUUGUGUGUCCCAGCUCAAUGGCAUGGUCUUCUGUCCCCAUUGUGGGGAGGAUGCAUCUGAAGCCCAGGAGGUGACCAUUCCCCGGGGCGAUGGGGGGGCCCCUCCAGCCGGCACUGCUGCCCCUGCGCCCCCACCCCUGGCCCAGGAUGCCCCAGGGAGAGCAGACACCUCCCAGCCUAGUGCCCGGAUGCGAGGGCAUGGGGAGCCCCGCCGGCCACCCUGUGAUCCCCUUGCCGACACCAUCGACAGCUCAGGGCCUUCCCUGACCCUGCCAAAUGGGGGCUGCCUCUCAGCUGUAGGGCUGCCGCUUGGGCCGGGCCGUGAGGCCCUAGAGAAGGCCCUGGUCAUCCAAGAAUCAGAGAGGCGGAAGAAGCUACGUUUCCACCCGCGGCAGUUGUACCUGUCUGUGAAGCAGGGAGAGCUACAGAAGGUGGUCCUGAUGCUGUUGGACAAUCUGGACCCCAACUUCCAGAGUGACCAGCAGAGCAAGCGCACACCCCUUCACGCAGCUGCCCAGAAGGGCUCUGUGGAGAUCUGCCACGUGCUGCUGCAGGCUGGAGCCAACAUCAAUGCUGUGGACAAACAGCAACGGACCCCCCUCAUGGAGGCUGUGGUCAACAACCACCUGGAGGUGGCGCGCUACAUGGUUCAGCGAGGUGGCUGUGUCUACAGCAAGGAGGAGGACGGCUCCACCUGCCUCCACCACGCAGCCAAAAUCGGCAACUUGGAGAUGGUCAGCCUGCUGCUUAGCACGGGACAGGUGGACGUCAAUGCCCAGGACAGCGGGGGAUGGACGCCCAUCAUCUGGGCUGCUGAGCACAAGCACAUCGACGUGAUCCGCAUGCUGCUGACGCGGGGUGCCGACGUCACCCUCACGGACAACGAAGAGAACAUAUGUCUGCACUGGGCUUCGUUCACUGGCAGCGCCGCCAUUGCCGAGGUCCUCCUGAAUGCCCGCUGCGACCUCCACGCCGUCAACUACCACGGUGACACGCCCCUGCACAUCGCAGCCCGGGAGAGCUACCACGACUGUGUGCUGCUGUUCCUGUCCCGGGGGGCCAACCCGGAGCUUCGAAACAAGGAGGGGGACACGGCGUGGGAUCUGACCCCUGAGCGCUCCGAUGUGUGGUUUGCACUCCAGCUCAACCGAAAGCUUCGGCUCGGGGUGGGAAACCGAGCCAUCCGCACAGAGAAGAUCAUCUGCCGGGAUGUGGCUCGGGGCUACGAGAAUGUGCCCAUCCCCUGUGUGAACGGCGUGGACGGAGAGCCCUGCCCCGAGGACUACAAGUACAUCUCCGAGAACUGCGAGACGUCUACCAUGAACAUCGACCGCAACAUCACCCACCUGCAGCACUGCACGUGCACGGAUGACUGCUCCAGCUCCAACUGCCUGUGCGGCCAGCUCAGCAUCCGGUGCUGGUACGACAAGGAUGGGCGGCUGCUGCAGGAGUUUAACAAGAUCGAGCCCCCGCUGAUCUUCGAGUGCAACCAGGCCUGCUCUUGCUGGAGAAACUGCAAGAACCGCGUGGUGCAGAGCGGCAUAAAGGUGCGACUGCAGCUCUACCGCACUGCCAAGAUGGGCUGGGGCGUGCGUGCCCUGCAGACCAUCCCCCAGGGCACCUUCAUCUGCGAGUAUGUUGGGGAGCUGAUCUCAGAUGCAGAGGCAGACGUGCGAGAAGAUGAUUCUUACCUCUUUGACUUGGACAACAAGGAUGGAGAGGUCUACUGCAUUGAUGCUCGUUACUAUGGCAACAUCAGCCGCUUCAUCAACCACCUGUGCGACCCCAACAUCAUCCCGGUCCGGGUCUUCAUGCUGCACCAAGACCUGCGAUUCCCCCGCAUUGCCUUCUUCAGCUCCCGAGACAUCCGGACAGGGGAGGAGCUGGGCUUCGACUAUGGUGACCGCUUCUGGGACAUCAAGAGCAAGUACUUCACCUGCCAGUGCGGCUCAGAGAAGUGCAAGCACUCUGCUGAGGCCAUUGCCCUGGAGCAGAGCCGCCUGGCCCGCCUGGACCCCCACCCAGAGCUGCUGCCUGAGCUCAGCUCCCUGCCCCCUGUCAACACCUGAGAACGGACCACACCUGUCCCUACCCUGGCCCCGUGGACAGCAGCGCUCAGCCUCCUGCCGCCUGGCUCACCGCCCAGCGCCCUUCGCACAUUCCUCUCCAGGGCCCUGGAGGUCUGACAGCCCCUCUCCCGGAGCUGGCUUCUCCCUGGGAGCCUGACUGGAGACUGCCUCCACUGAGGUUGGAUGAUUUGAAGUUGCUCCUCGAUUCCACCUGGGUGUUUUGUUGUUGUUUUUUUCCUCAGUAAAUGUCGGGUUUAGUAAUAAA